AUGGCACUUCUUCUGGGAGCACAAUGGGUCUGGGACCUCUACGAGCGAUUCGUCUCUUCUCACCACGCCAAGAAGUCCCGCCCUGUUCCACUGACCCAGGACCCGACCUACUCCUCGAAAGACGUCAGCAUCAUCGUGCCCACCAUCGACACCGAUGACGCCUUUGCCGACUGCCUUCGCCUGUGGCUCCAGCACAAGCCUCGCGAGAUCAUCAUCGUCACUGUGGAGCGCGAUUUCAAGAAUGUCCAGCAGCUGGUCGAGCCAGUCGAGGACGCCUCGGCAAAGAUUACUGUGCUGAUGGCACCUGAGGCUAACAAGCGACGACAGCUCCAGUGUGGCAUCGAUGCUGCCACUGGAGAGAUCCUGGCUCUUGUUGAUGAUGAUGUCUUCUGGCCGAGCGAGGAGAACACACUGAUGCCUCAUCUGCUCGCCCCUUUCGAGGACCCUGAGGUUGGAGCUACAUGCGGUCUGCAGAGUGCAGAAAUUCCCCUUGAGCGCCAGAACCCCCACACCAUCACCUCCUACGAGGCAGCCGCCAUGCACGCCCUAAACGGCCAGAAUAACAUCCAAGCCAUGCGCUACGCAGCCGACGGCGGAUGCUGGUUUCUCUCGGGCCGCACCGUCUUUGCGAGCGCCGUGAUCUUCAAAGUGCCCGACUUCGCCCACGCCUUCACACACGAGUUCUCCGGCGGCCGGCUGCGCAACACCGGAGACGUCUUCCUGUCCCACUGGGUCCAGGAGCAUGGCUGGAAGCUGUGCAUACAGAACGCGCCGGAGGCCGAGGUCACAACGGAGGUCAUGCCUGACAGCCGCUAUGUCAAGCAGAUGUUGCGCUGGCAGCGGGACGGCAUUCACUAUUUCAUGCGGGCUGUGUCUGCCAAUCCUGGGUUCUGGCUCUGUGGAAGUAGGAAACAUCCCUACUCGACCCGCAAGAUGGUCGAUUACCUGCUCAAGCCGAUCUGGUCCUGGGUCUACAUCCUGACCUGGAUGUGGACCAUGUACAACUGUCACUGGAUGGCGGUUCUCUACGCAGCCCACUUCAUCUACUUCCGAGCCGCGACCUACGGAGGUCUUGCCAGAAAGUACCCCUACCUCGGACACAAAGUCUGGGGCGCGUUUCCGACUCGACCAUUGCUAUCCGGUGCUCGAAAUCUUCGCCUGGUGCACCCUGGCUGA